AGCAGCACGUGUGCGAACCUACCAGCGGAUUGUCGAUGCGUAACUUUCAUUUUAACUCGAAAUAAUCAAAUACCUGUGUGUAGAAAAAAAAAAAAAAAAAUAAUCAAGUGAUUAAAUACAAAAUUUGCAACAGUUUUUAAUUAGUGCAAUUAAAAAAGUUUAUAUCAGUGAAAUAAGUGAAGUGAAAAGAAAUGGAGAGAAUAUUAGUGCUCCUGGUUUUUGUGGUGACAGUGACCGCUUUCAGACCCAACCCGAGGUUCCCGAAGGAGGAAACGGAACAGAAUCAAAUCAAAAAAGUGUCGUGCGGUGCACAUGAAGACAGAAGAAAUGAAAUUCUCAGUAAAUCAAAAUGCGGGGAACCUAAAGACGUCUUCGUUGAGCUGAAGCCUCAAAGCUCGUAUAUGCAAGUGGUGCCGAGCGCGGUGUGGGUCAAGCGCUGCGUGGGGCUGUGCGACCACGGACCCGAGGGCUCCCGCUGCGUGGGCACCAACAAAACCAUAGAGCACAUACCGGUGCGAAUAUCAAACCUGAAGACGCUCAAGGAGACCUGCGCCACAUACCCCGUGGAGGUGCACCACAGUUGCGGCUGCGGGUGCGCCGUGCCCACCCGGGAGUGCUCCUCGCCGAGGGUGUUCAAUCCUCGUAAGUGCAACUGUCAAUGCCCCAACAUGAAGGAAAGGCGGAGCUGCCUCAAGCAGCGGAACCCGGCUAUGAGGUGGAAUCCAUCUAAAUGCGUCUGUGAGAGGAGAAGAAGGUGAACUACGAAAACUCGGAAAACUCUGUGAAGAAUCAGAGGAAACCAUAAAAGUGCCUUGGCCUAACGUCAUCGAUGGUGCCUUCAAAUUGAUAACACUGGAUGUGACCUUUGCGUUGAAGAAUUCACUUCAGUUAGUGAACAAGGCUAAUGUUGUGUAGGUAUGGAGACCCAUACAAACAGACACGUGAAUCGUCGCAUCAAUGGACGAGUUAACUCAAUUAUUUACACUCAAAUAUUGAACUUUUUUAUAGAAGACAAAUGGUUUAACCAAGUGAGAGAACAAAGUUGUGAAUAAGUAAAUACAUAAGGAGUUUUGUCGCGCACAUGGACCUACUAUCCUGGGCCGACCUAGGUUACACGAUUUGAUUGAUGAACUUAAAUAGUUUUCCAAAAUAUAUAAGUAAAUUUGAAAUAUUAAAAUGAUCUCAUGAAAGAUCAUUGUUAGUUGUGUAUAAUCUUAAAAAACAUAUUUAAUAUUUGAGGCCAUUUGGCUAUUUACUAGUAUAGGCCGGAGAAACAAUUUUUAUCCUCCAUUUAUAUCCACUGCCAAGGGAUAGGUACAAUUACUUGUUCAACUGUCGAACCACCGCAUCAAGGCAAAAGAAAAGUUUACCCUUGUUCAUAUUACAGGUAUAUUUUUGGGCUAUUAUUUCCACCCGUGCGUCCAUACUCGGAUAAAUAUUAUGUACUUUCCUCGAGGAGAAAAAUGUUUCGUACCCAUACGAGCCGUAAAGAUAUAUACUCGUAGGGCUUAUACGUCUUACUGAAUCACUGUGUAACUUGGCCGAAUGUAAUCGUAGGCCACCAUUCAGUGAAAUAACAAAUAAAUUCUCAAUACCAAUUAUUGUGGUUAAAUUCGAUUUUAUCAGCCAGUUCAUUAAUUUUUAAAUAUAGACCAGACUUCUUUCAACCUAGGUCGAUCUUCUGACUCGGUCAACCCUCCAAUUCGUUGAACCUAGAUUGACCUAAAAAAUAUAUAUGACUGAUCCAUGUGUCGUAAACUCGUAGUUUAAUUGUAUUGAAGAAAACUAAGCAGUAUUACUAUUACGAAUAAGUUAUUUAUUUGUUUAAUGUAUUUAAUGUAAAAAAAUGGGACCAAAUGGUGUUGUGAAUUGACUGGCCUUUAUGUUCCAUAAAAAAUACUUAGUCCUAUUAAUUAAUUUAUUGUACUUAAUUAAUUUAUAAGUCAAUCCUAUUUUUUUGUUUAAGUUAUUUUAGGUUAGGUACAACGACAUCACUUUUUCAGUAUUGUUUCAUUAGCAUAGGGCGUUUCGAGAUAAACGCAAUUCCUAAAUUGUGAUAGAUAUGGUCGUUUUUUUACUAUUAGUGUAAAGGAUAAUUAGCAUUUAAUGAAUAUCUUACCAUAAUAUGCUUGUUCUAAAUCAAAUUCAAUACUUAAACAAAAUAAAAAGGGGCUCUAUUUAUCUCCUUAAAAAAUAAACACAAUGUAUCGUCUAUACAGAGUUGAGAGUACAUACUAAAGUAUUGUUGUAUUAAGUAAGGUGUACAGACAAAGUAUGUAAGGUAAAUAUCUUCCCAUUGGGAAAUAUUAAUUACCAAUUAAAAUCUGUACCAGAUCAACAAGAAAUCCUGGAAAGGAUUUCAUAUUUGUUUUUAGUUUAUUUCUUUGACUGCAUAUUCUGACAACCCAUGCAAAGUGGUAAAAUCGAUUUUAAACUUAAGUCAAUUGUGGUAGGUAAAUAAUAUAGGGACAGUUAAUCAAGAAUGUACUUAAUAUUUUCAACAAAUUUAAUUUGCUUCUAGUCAAGCGAUUCUUUGAAUGUACUUAAAUAUUGUAAGUUAUUGUAAAUAUUGGACUCGACUUAUUGUAACUAGCUCUCUUAUUUUACUAAACGUGAGUGUAAUAAAUGUAUAUUUUUGUAAAUUUGUAAAUAGUGUGUGUUGCUUUUGUAAUAUUUAACUAACUAAAUACUAAGUAGGUAAUUGUGUACGGACUAGUCUAGCUAGUGCCAAAGGCAUUGAAUCUCAAAUGUAAAAUAGUUAAUUAAUUUAUUUAUUAUUCAAUUUUAACAGCUUAAGAAGCUUUUAGUGAUCGAAUCACGUGAUUAGUUUAAAUUUUAAAACUAAGA